AUGUACAUCAUUUCCCAAUUACAAGAUCAAGUAAAUUCAAUAGCAGCCAUGGCUUUCAACACUUUUGGUACACUGCAAUGGCAUGCUCCACCCAUUCGACUCCUCCAGAAUUACCCAGAACCGCCUCCCACCAAUCCCACACAAGAUUCAGCCAACGAACAGCCUAAACUUAUGAGUGCCGCUCUUGUUAAGGCUUCUAAACAGUUUAAUGCAUUGGUUGCUGCACUUCUGCCUUCAGAGGAAGGAGAAGAAGCUCAGCUCACAAGGAUUGCUGAACUCCAAGCUGAAAAUGAUGCUGUAGGCCAAGAGCUUCAGAAGCAACUGGAGGGCUGCUGGUACUUUUUUCUUUUACAUUCUUUGCUACUCGAACAUGAUUGCGAGCGUGUCAGAUAA